CGUUUCCAAAAUAAGUCGGACUAUCCAGAACCCGUUUUGAAACGCGAAGUCGAAGUUCCUAGAUUUGACAAACGUGUGUCUGCGUACAAAAUCAGAUCAAAUUCCGUAUCGUUCCUUCUCUCCCUCUCUCUGCAUCCAUUCUAUAUACUGACAGUUAUAGAUAUAGAUCGUGUAUUGUGAUCGGAAUCAAUGGCGUCGGAGCAGUCGAUGUCCGGCGGCGGUCCUCGGUACCUUCAAAUGCAGCCGGAGCCGUUGCAGUUGCCGUCGAUGACGUCGUCUUUCUUCUUCUCCACGUCACAACAAGGUCUGGAGUUCACUCGUAUUUUCGAUGAGUUGCCCAAGGCCAAGAUCAUCUCUGUUUCUCGACCCGACCCCGCCGACAUCAGCCCCAUGCUUCUCACCUACACCAUUGAAUUCCGUUACAAACAGUUCAAGUGGCAGUUGGUGAAGAAAGCUUCACAAGUAUUUUAUUUGCACUUUGCAUUGAAGAAACGUGCAUUUAUCGAGGAAAUUCACGAGAAGCAAGAGCAGGUUAAAGAAUGGCUUCAAAACCUUGGAAUAGGUGAUCACACAGGUGAUCAUGCAGCAGUUGUGCAAGAUGAUGACGACGACGAGACUGUUCCUUUACAUCAUGACGAAAGCGCCAGAAACAGAGAUGUUCCAUCUAUAGCUGCUCUGCCUAUUAUUCGGCCAGCUCUUGGAAGGCAGCACUCCAUGUCAGACCAAGCAAAGGUUGCAAUGCAAGGGUACUUGAAUCACUUCCUCAGCAACAUUGAUAUGGUUAACUCUCCAGAGGUUUGCAAGUUUUUGGAGGUUUCUAAGUUAUCAUUUUCACCGGAGUAUGGCCCUAAGCUAAAAGAGGACUUUGUAAGGGUGAAGCAUUUAACACAAAUUCCACGUGAUGAUGAUCAUACAAAAUGUUGUGCAUGCCAUUGGUGCAGUUGUUGUAAUGACAACUGGCAAAAGGUGUGGGCUGUACUAAAACCUGGAUUCUUGGCCCUGCUAGAAGGUCCCUUUGAUACCAAACCAUUAGAUAUAAUAGUUUUUGAUGUAUUGCCAGCCUCAGAUGGCAAUGGAGAGGGCCGAGUGUCAUUAGCAAAAGAAAUAAAGGAACGUAACCCUUUACGCCAUUCAUUUAAAGUGUCUUGCGGGAGCCGGAGCAUACGGUUGAGAACUAAGAGCAAUGCUAAAGUUAAAGAUUGGGUUGCUGCAAUUAAUGAUGCUGGUCUUCGGCCUCCUGAGGGCUGGUGUCAUCCUCACCGCUUUGGCUCUUUUGCUCCUCCACGGGGCUUGACUGAAGAUGGUAGUCAGGCUCAGUGGUUUGUAGAUGGUCUAGCAGCAUUUGAAGCUAUUGCUUUGGCAAUUGAGGAGGCAAAGUCAGAGAUAUUUAUUUGUGGCUGGUGGCUGUGCCCAGAACUGUAUCUCCGACGACCUUUUCAUGCUCAUGCAUCCUCUCGGCUCGAUGCCUUACUGGAAGCAAAAGCCAAGCAGGGUGUUCAGAUUUACAUUCUUCUAUACAAAGAGGUUGCUCUUGCUCUGAAAAUCAACAGCGUUUAUAGUAAAAAAAAGCUUAUUAGCAUUCAUGAGAAUGUCAGAGUACUGCGUUAUCCUGACCAUUUCUCUAGUGGUGUCUAUCUAUGGUCCCACCAUGAAAAACUCAUCAUUGUUGAUUACCAGAUUUGCUUUAUUGGUGGACUGGAUCUAUGCUUUGGCCGUUAUGACUCAUUUGAACACAAAGUGAGUGAUUACCCUCCCACGGUGUGGCCUGGGAAGGACUACUAUAACCCAAGGGAAUCUGAACCUAAUUCUUGGGAAGAUACAAUGAAAGAUGAGUUGGAUCGUCAAAAAUAUCCACGUAUGCCAUGGCAUGAUGUUCAUUGUGCCCUUUGGGGACCACCGUGUCGUGAUGUUGCCAGGCACUUUGUUCAGCGUUGGAACUAUGCAAAGAGAAAUAAAGCUGCUAAUGAGCAAACAAUUCCACUGCUCAUGCCUCAGCACCACAUGGUUAUUCCGCAUUACAUGAGUGGAACCAGGGAGAUGGAGGACCAAACCCAUGUUGGAAACAAUCAUAAAGACGUAAAAAGACAGGAUUCCUUUUCUUCUCGAUCAUCUUACCAAGAUGUCCCUCUGCUAAUGCCUCAAGAGGCUGAUGGGCUGGAUGCUUCCAAUAGAGACCCCGAAUUGAAUGGGUUGGAUAGAAUUCGUGAUGUCCGUGAUCACCCAAGCAAGGGAAGAAGCCCUUUCUCUUUCCGGAAGCCCAAAAUUGAACCCCUAAUAUCAGAUAUGCCAAUGAAAGGUUUUGUGGAUGACCUUGAUACUUUGGAUCAUCAGCAUGAGGUUAGGCUGUUGCCUGGCAUUCAAACUUCAGAUAAAGAAUGGUGGGAGACACAGGAACGAGGUGAUCAGGUUGUUUCUGCUGAUGAAACUGGGCAAGUUGGUCCUCGUAUUUCAUGUCGUUGUCAGGUAAUAAGGAGUGUCAGCCAAUGGUCUGCGGGAACAAGCCAAAUUGAGGAGAGCAUUCACAAUGCUUAUUGCUCUCUUAUUGAAAAGGCAGAGCACUUCAUCUAUAUUGAGAACCAGUUCUUCAUCUCAGGUCUUUCAGGAGAUGAGAUUAUACGGAACCGCGUUCUAGAAGCAUUAUAUAGGCGUAUUAUGCGAGCACACAAUGAGAAGAAGUGUUUCAGGGUUGUUAUAGUCAUACCACUCCUACCUGGAUUCCAGGGGGGCGUGGAUGAUGGUGGUGCAGCAGCUGCGAGAACUAUUAUGCAUUGGCAAUAUCGAACAAUAUGCAGAGGGAAUUCUUCAGUAUUGCACAAUCUUUAUGAUCUUCUUGGGCCUAUUAUGCAUGAUUACUUAUCUUUCUAUGGCCUUAGAGCUUAUGGCAGACUUUUUGAUGGAGGUCCUGUGGCAUCCAGUCAGGUGUAUGUGCAUAGCAAAAUCAUGAUAGUUGAUGACUGUACAUCCUUGAUAGGAUCAGCUAAUAUAAAUGACAGGAGUUUGCUUGGAUCAAGAGAUUCUGAGAUUGGUGUACUUAUUGAAGACAAGGAAUUUGUUGAUUCGAGUAUGGGAGGGAAGCCUUGGAAAGCAGGAAAAUUUUCUCUGAGUCUUCGCCUUUCACUAUGGUCUGAACACCUUGGUCUUCAUGCCGGAGAGAUUAGUCAAAUUAGUGACCCAGUGGUUGAUUCAACUUACAAAGAUAUAUGGAUGGCAACUGCAAAGACAAAUACCAUGAUCUACCAAGAUGUCUUUUCCUGCAUCCCAAACGAUCUUAUACAUUCCAGAGUUGCACUGAGACAAUGUAUGGCCUACUGGAAGGAAAAACUUGGCUAUACUACCAUUGAUUUAGGGAUAGCCCCAGAGAAGCUAGAAUCAUAUCAAGAUGGUAACAUGAAGGGCACCAAUCCCAUGGAGAGGCUAGAGUCCGUUAAGGGCCACCUUGUUUCUUUUCCUUUGGAUUUUAUGUGCAAGGAAGAUUUAAGACCUGUGUUUAAUGAAAGCGAGUAUUAUGCUUCUCAAAUUUUCCAUUAGGUAUGAUCUGUAUGGUAAUUAAAGGCAUCAAGAUGAAUGAGGGUAGACCACCAUUGUUGUGUCUAAAUGUGCAGAAAUGGUUAAUAUCCUUGAACGCCAUGAAAUUUCUCUGUACAAAAGCCAAGCUGGUGAAACAUACGUGGAAACAAGGGAAACAAUGGACGUGAGCCCUUAAACUAAAGAUUGAGAAACCAACUGGGUGUCUCACUAUACCUAGAAGACUAGUUAUUCAGGUAUUUGAUUCUUUGAGCUGAAAUUUUGGCAUCAUUUGGCAUUCAGGAUGCAUUUAGCAGCAGUUUUGGAUAUUUGAUUGAUAUUGUUAUUGUAAUUUGAUUGAUCAUUGUUGUAUAAUAUUCAAUAUUUCAGGGUUUAUUAAAAAAAAAAAAUCUAUUUUCUUUUCA